AUGCUAGUCAAUGUCAUAUUGGCUGCAUUAGCAACCCCAUUAGUCGCAUUUUCUGCUAUCUCACGCUACAAUCCCGACGACCGUCCUUUCGAGUUGCAUGCUCGUCUUACGAAGGUCACUGCUACUGAGAAUGCAGACGGUUCAUGUUACGCUCAUACCAUGGCAACCAAUGAAAAUUGUCAAUUUUUAAUGGAGAAGUUUUCAAUAACUCAGAAUGAUCUCUAUUCUUUCAACAAAAACACAUUUGGAUGGAUGGGCUGCGGAACUGGUUACCCAUUAAAAGGCGAUAAAGUAUGCGUUAGCACUGGAACACCUCCUAAACCUGCAGUAAAUAACAAUGCAGAAUGUGGUCCACAAGCACCUGGUUCUUUAUAUAAUUCCAAGUGCCCACUUAAUGCCUGUUGCAGUCAAUAUGGCUACUGUGGUGUAAGUAGUGCUUUUUGCCUGGUUACGAAGAGCCCUACUGGUGCACCAGGAACAACACUGUGUCUUUCAAAUUGCGGUUACGGUCUGCUACCAAAUAAGCCGGUAGCAACUUUCAAGAAUGUAGGGUAUUGGAUGAACAGUGGGGGAAGCCUUGCGAUGGACCCUUCCAAACUUGCUCAGUACAAUUUCGACAUAGUUCAUUAUGGAUUCAUUCCUGUGAGUGCGGCAUUCGUUGUCGAUAGUGGAAGCACUUUUAACACCAAGUUCAGUUCAAUUAAGUCCAAAAAAGUUGCAUCAUUUGGUGGAGCAGGUGGCUCGAGUUACUUCUCUUCAGGGGCUACUGCAACAAACAGGAAGAAAUUGGCAACUAAUAUUGUCCAAUUUUUAGCUGCUCAUAAUUUGGAUGGAAUAGAUCUCGAUUGGGAAUAUCCUACAAGUUCUACAGAUGGUAAUAAUUAUUUGGCUUUGGUACAGCUUAUAAAAUCUUUACUUCCAAGUGGCAAGACUCUUUCAGUCACUUUACCCGCUUCCUAUGCGUCUCUUAAGUACUACCCAGUUUCAUCAAUGCAAAACUACGUAGAUUACUUUGUAUAUAUGACAUAUGAUCUUCAUGGGCAAUGGGAUUACUCAACUGGAGAAGGAGUGCAAUGUCAUACAAACAAAACAGCAGUCAAUGACUCAUUAUUGAUGCUUGCAAAGGCUGGUGUAACUAUGUCGAAGGUAUAUGGAGGACUCGUCAAUUACGGAAGAUCUUAUCAGUUAUCUUCUGCGAAGUGCACUGCAGUGGGUUGUCCUUUCACGGGGCCCAAUUCAGGGGCAAAGGCAGGACCUAUCACUAAUACGCCAGGAAUACUCUCUGAACCUGAAAUCAACGCUAUAGCAUCUUCCACCAGGAAAAAUAAGAGAUCGACAGAUUCUAAAGCUCAGUGCGAUAUCAUGGUAUUUGACAAUACUCAAUGGGUCGCGUGGCCAAAGGCAGGUGAAAGAACAACCAUGCAACUGUAUUUCAAAGCUUCUGGGCUUGGCGGCUCUGCCCUUUGGCUUUCAAACUACUAUAACACGUAG